AUGAAUUUUGAAAUCGAUGACAGCGAUAUUCCAAAUGAGAAAUAAGUCUAUAUACCUCAACAUAUCGCCAAAGUAUACUAGCUUUUUCAUCAGACAGCUAGAUAUAAUGAAUAGGAGAUGAUUUAUGUAAUUAGCCAUUAUGAUCAUAAUAGUUGUUAAAGUUCUUUAUGGAAUUCAAUAUCGGCUCAAUAGAAAUAAUGUAUCUGAAUAUUUUUCGCAUCUGCUUAACUAAGCUAACUACUGAGUUAAUGCCCUAUAAUACCCGAGUGAUUACAAAAAUGCUUAUCUGUCUGAAAUAUGUAAUUAUAAAUUAGUAUGAACAUAGCCAUUACAAGCAAUCAUCUUUAUUACUGACUUGCACAUUGCCUUUUUGCAAUCCUGCAUAAAAUCCUACAAUUAUAAAUUAGGCUAUUAAUUUAUCAAGUCUAAAAUAUUUUUGUAAUCCACCAUAGACAAGAAAGAUAACAUUAUUAUAGAGUAUUUUUAUUAUGCCGGAUUGAUCGCUAAUGCAAUGAAAGUAUGAAACUAUUUAAUUAUAAAAAGGAUUAUGAUGAAGCCCUACGAUGCUACAGAAUAGCCCAUAAAUUUGAGGGUUCCAACUCUUUUAGUGUUGAAGCCCAGAAGAUGGAAUCUUUGCUUUGUUUCAGAUUGGGAAUGGAAUUGAAGAAUUGGUCCAAUCCCGCCAGUCAACAAUUAGUUGCUAAAUUAACUAGUGUUAUUGAGAAUAAUGGAGAUAAAGAAAUUAAGGAAAAGGAUCUUGAUUUUUAGGACUAGGAUGUUAGUGUAAUAGUCUUAAUAAUUCUAGAUUUGCUUAAAAGAAUAGGCGCUCUUAGCAUAAUUAUAUCAGUUUUUAAAAAAAGAGUAUGAACUCCAUUCAAAAGUGUCUUUUGAUUAAAUAAUUCACAAUUUUCAAAUACAAGACUAUGAAACCCUUAUUAAUUUGUUGUUACAAGUCAAUAAUAUCCAUAACAUGUUUACUAUUAAUGAAGAGAAGCGUUAUAUUCAAUUCAAAUACAACAAUCUAACCUAUAAGGAAAUUAAUAGCAAAUUGGAAAGCAAAUAUGAACUGCUAAAUACAUUAACAAAUAAAAAAUGA